ACCUCUGCACACAUAUACACAGACACACACACACAUACACACUCUUACUCCUACCACUAACUCAACCUCAGAACCCUGCUGCCCUGGAACAGCUCAGCAGCAGAGAAACAAAUGAAAGUGAAUGAAGCAGAGAAGGCCAAAAGCAUAUAUGGACAUAAAUACUGAAGAUGAGAUGACCACUGAGAAGAUCUAAUCACACACUUGUACACACAAGUUCUUUGUGCAUCUCAACAAAGUUUGGAACAGUGAGCUGGGCACAAUCAUGUCUCUUCCACUGGACCUGAGCUCUUUCACCAGGGACGCCUCACUGGAAACACUGGAGAAGCAGCUCAUCUGCCCCAUCUGCCUGGAGGUGUUCACCAAACCUGUGGUGAUCCUGCCCUGCCAGCACAACCUCUGCCGCAAGUGUGCCAAUGAACUCUACCUGCCAUCUCUGUUACAGGUUGGGUUUGGAGGACGCUUUCGCUGUCCAUCCUGUCGACAUGAUGUUGUCUUGGACCGUCAUGGUGUUUAUGGGCUCCCAAGAAAUUUAUUAGUGGAAAAUAUCAUUGAUGUCUACAAGCAAGAAUCUGCAAGCUCUAGGCCACCACCAAAACCAUUGGCACAAAUAACGUGUGAACAGCAUGAAGGAGAAAAGCUGAAUAUUUACUGCAUCACCUGUCAGCUGCCCACCUGCUCACUCUGUAAAGUUUUUGGGGCACACAGCACCUGUCAAGUGGCCCCCAUACCAGAGGUUUACCAGCAGCAGAAGACUGAACUCAGUAAUGGGCUUGGAUGUCUGGUUGCCACUAAUGAGAACAUCCAAGCAUUCAUAAAUGAUCUUGAGGAGCUCUGCAGGAACAUUGAGGAGAAUGGCAAAAACCAGACGCAGGUUCUGUGUGAGAAGUUUGAUCGGAUGUCUGCCAUCUUGGAAGAGAGGCGUAAGAUCAUGGUGCAGGAAAUCACAUAUGAGCAGGAUGAAAAGAUUGGCUGGACACGGAGCUUGGUCCAAACAUACAGUGAACAUGUUGACACCAACUCAAAAUUAAUGAAGACUGCUUUCAGUGCAAUGGAAGAGCCAGAGAUGGCUGCAUUUCUGCAGGACUCAAAAAGCCUUAUUGAACAAGUCAGUGAAGCAGCUAAAUGCACCCCAAUGGAGACUUUAGUGCCUGGAUAUGAAAACAUGGAUCACUAUAAGGUCGAUUUUAAUGCUGAGGAGAGGGCUCUCUACCAGCUGGAUUUCCUACAACCUGAAGAUGAGGUUGAAGAGGAUCCAGAAGAACCAGAAGAGCCUGAAUCAGAUCCUGAGACACAACUAGAGACAGAACCUGAAAUGGAGCCUGAACCUGAGCCUGAACCACGGCACAGUCCUGUACAGAAUCCUGAGAUGGCUCAGGAUCUGAGGCCAGAGAGCUUGGCGAUAAACAGUGCGGAACCUCAGAAAAAGGAGGAUACCCAUGCACAUGCGGAAGCAAAAAAUGACACGCUGUGUGAGAAAAACGGGUUAAGCACUCUACAGAAGGGCCAGCCUGAGUUUGGGUGUGAGGAGCUUGAUGCAGGUGGCUUGAGAAACCAAAGCGUCCCUGUACAAGCAGAUGAGGAGACCAAACUCUACCCGAGCUGGUACAAACCUCACAGGGAAAUGCUUAGCCCAAACCUUGCAUUGUCUUUUGAUGCCAUGGGGGCUCGUGGCCAUGAACCCCAGCUGGUAAAGGAUCCCUCAGUUCAGUCACCUCUUCAGCAGUUUCAAACACCUCUGUCCAUGUGGCUGAGUAGUAGUGGUUUCAUUCCGGUGGCUACUGAGAACCUUGAAAACCCUGAGAGGAGUCACUCUGGAAAAGACUCCCCAGAUAGUGUCCAAGGGCAAGUGACAGAGGCUGAGAAGCCUGUUACUGAGCUGGGAGCUGAUGAAUCUGCCAGGAAGGAAGGAAUGACUUCAUUGUCUUUACAGACCAUCACCCUUGUCUUUUACCUCCUGACCUUUCUGGUCAUCCUCCAGAGGGUAUGGGGAAGCAUUCAGUGCAUUCUAAACACAUAGCACUGACGGGACAUUCAGCUUUCAGACUGCAGCUGCAGAGAACUCAGUGGUGGGGUCAGUCUCUCCUCCUGUGACAAGCGAAUCUGUUCGUCUCAGCUUCUCCUUUUCCUGGCUUAAUCCUCUUGCCAAGAAGAAGUGAUCGCUCCUCUCACUGAGAAGAUAUGGGACACCAGAGUCAUUUUGGUCCAGUGGUCUUUAAAGUCGGCUGUGGAUUGUUAGGUCUGGGCAAAAGAAGCAACACCCACCACCCAUGUUGUUGUUUUAUCUUUUGUCAGCACCAGACAGUGAAUAUGGUUAAGUCUUAUGUUUUUAUUGUAGUGUAUAUGAUUGCGUUUUUUUUAUUUUCGAGUUUUUUGCUUGCUGUUACAACUUCUAGGAAUCACCAACCACAGCAUCUGCCUUAGUUUUACACUGGAUCAGCUGUUACAGAUUUUGCACAGAUUUUACAAUUUAUUUUUUCAAACCACUGUUUCUUUGCACAUUAUUUUUUUUAGAUAUUAUAGCAGUACUAAAGAGAUUUGUAUAAGCAUUGUUGUGGAAAUAUCAAAAUAAAGAAAAACAUGCAAUAUU